GGAUGCGGGGCGGGUCGGGUCUCCCGCAAAACCUUUGCCCCACUGACAUCCCUACUUCCACGGUUCCAUCACCCCUUUGUGCAAAUUACAAAGUGAAAAUGGCACCAUAGGCGAACUGAGUGCCGAUAUUGCUGACUUGGUACUCCUCCUCUUCUCAGCGUCACUCACCAUUUACAAAAUCCGCAGGUUUUUCUUUCUUCUUGUUUAAUCCUCUACGAUUAUUUUUUUGUGUGGAUCAAUUUACCUCCGAUUUAGUUUAAUUAUUCAAAUUAAUUUAAUUACUAGCUUCGGAUUAUCAAUUUUGAGAUUGUGAAUCGAUUGGAUAGUGUGUGUUGUCAAACCCUAAACUAGUUAAACCUCGUAACCUCGGUGUUAUCAAAAGUGUCAGACUUGUAUCAAUUUGAUGUUUGUGAUCGAUCUUUAUGUUUAAUACUUAAUUAUCAGACAGAUUUAGUGACAUGUGAGGAAUCUUCAUCUUAUUGUUUUAAUAAUUGUACUAUUAGAGAGAUUAGUGACAUGUUAAUCAAGUCACCCAUCCUUAUUUCAGAUCAUAGUAUUUGCAUUGUCCCAUUUAACUAAAGAUUUGGGAGUUUGAACUCUGAGUGAAGCUAAUCCAAAAAUACAUGUGAGUUGCAAAUUAAAAUACAUUAUGCAUUCGGGUGUUUUGAGGAGUUAUUGGCACUCCGGCCUUGAUCUGUCCGAGGUUAUCCUGUCCUAGGAGCAAGAUAUCAUAUUGUAGCCCUGUAGGAGUAGUACUCCAUUUGAUUAUUUUUUAAGAAUUACUCCCAGUUCUCAAGCAACGGUUAGAAUUGGCUAGUAGUAACAUAACAGUGAUCUAUGUUGUUGCAAUUUAAAAUGCAUUAUGUAUUCGGGUCUUUUGAGGAGGUGCUUUGUAUAUUCGCAUUCCCCUAGAUCUGUCCAAGGUUGUCCUAGGAGCAAGAUAUCAUAUAGUAGGAGUAGUAUUCUAUUUGAUCAUUCUGAAACAGUAACUCCCGAUUCCCAAGCAACGGUUAGAAUUGGUCAGUAAUAAUAUAACAGUGAUCAAUGUUGUUUGGGAGUCUUGUAUAGCGUUUUCACGUGUUGGGGGGCGUUUCACCGGUAAGAAAACAAACUAACCAGUCCGCCACGCACAUUAGUUUGUCAGUAAAAUAAGUGAACUUAGUAAACGUAGUUUGUGCUGGACUUCUAUAUUUAUAGUAGUACCAGUAUGGAGGAUCACUGCAUUCCCCGAUACUAAUACUUUUCUACUUCAAAUUUCUCCUUGUUUAUUCUGUCAUUCACCUGCUCAUCCCACUCAAUACCACAAUGGCUGAGCUGGGAAUCUCAAUUGCUGCAAAGCUAAUCGAAUGCUUGGGUCUGUUGUCAUCAAAGAGAUUUUUGACAUGUGGGGCUACAACUCACAACUCGAUAGCCUAAACAUAACUGUCUCCACCAUCAAGAAUGUGCUUCUUGAUGCUGAAGCCAGGCGGGAGCUCUCCCAUGAAGCACACGGCUAUAUUGAGGAACUCAAGGCCAUUGUUUAUGAUGCCGAUGAUUUGUUUGAUGAGCUGUUACCCUUGCUGAGUUGAACCAACUUCGACCCUUGAGCAAGCGUGGUAAGCUCUUUGAUAAGGUACGCUGCUUUUUCUCUUCAAGAAAUCAGGCUGGUCAAGCUUAUAAAAUGUCUCGUCAAGUUAAGGAAAUUAGGAAGCAGUUAGAUGAUAUCGUUAGUAAUCAUCAGAAAUUUGGGUUUAAUGUUGACUAUAAACCUAUUUGUAGGAGGAGGGAGGAAACUUGUUCCUACGUGGAUGUUGAGGAUAUUAUUGGGAGGGAGAAUGAUGAAAAGAUUGUCAUAGAUAUGUUGCUAGGUUUGAAUAGUGUUCUUGGGGAUUCUCGUUUCGUGACUAUUGUGGGAGUGGGGGGGUUGGGAAAAACUGCCCUUGCCCAACUUGUGUACAAUAGUGAAAAGGUAAUUAAAGAAUUUUCAAAAACGGCCUUAAGGUUGUGGGUUUGUGUUUCUGAUCAAGAUGGAGAGCUAUUUGAUGUUAGGGAGAUCCUUUGUAAGAUUCUCGAAUUAGUUUCUGGUACAAAGCCUGAUAGUACCUCCUCCUUGGAAUGGGUGCAAAACCAACUUCAACAGAAAUUAGGAGAAAAGAAAUACUUCCUUGUUCUUGAUGAUGUAUGGAAUGAAGACUUUAAAAAAUGGCAGAAUUUGAGAAGAUUCUUAAUGUUAGGUCAGAGGGGAAGUAGGAUUUUAAUAACCACACGUUCAGAGAGGACGGCAGAGAUCAUAGGGGAUAAAUAUACGUAUAAGUUAGAAGGUUUAUCUCCAGAGAACUCCUGGUUCUUAUUUGAGAAAACAGCCUUUGUUAAAGGGAAGGAAGACAGAAACAAUCUUGAAUUAGCUAAAAUUGGGAAAAACAUUGUUGAAAAAUGUUACAAUAUUCCUCUUGCUAUCAAGGUGGUAGGAAGUCUUCUAUUCGGUCAGAGCAUAACUAAAUGGAAAUCAUUUGAAGAGAAAGGAUUGACCGAAAUUGAUAGUGGUCAUAAUAAAAUAAUGUCUAUUUUACAGCUUAGUUACCACAAUCUUAAUUUCUCCUUAAAGAGUUGCUUCAGAUAUUGUGCAUUAUAUCCUAAGGACACUAGGAUAGAGAGGGAGACGUUGAUUAGCCUUUGGAUGGCACAAGGAUACAUCGUGCCAUUUGAUAGAUGUCAAAGCAUAGAAGAUACUGCCGAAGAAUAUUUUUCUGUUUUGAUACGGAGAUGUUUCUUUCAAGAUGUGUUGAGGGAUGAUUAUGGUGAUGUGGAGUCUGUUAAAGUCCAUGAUUUAAUGCACGAUGUUGCUCAAGAUGUGGGGCGGGUGGAAAUUUGUGUAUUGGGUUCUUUAACAAAUAAAUUUGAAGAUAAAAUUCGUCAUGUUCAUUCUACCGGUUACACAUCAGAAAACUUUAUCUUCAAGAAUAAGAUUCGUUCGUUUAUUUGUAAGGGCGUUGAGGAGCCUUGGGUGAAUGUACAUAUAGACAACUGGAUGUGCCUAAGGGUAUUGUGCUUAGAAAGGUAUUCAAAUAUUAAAAGUUUGCCUGAUUCAAUAGGUAAGCUAUUGCAUUUAAGGUAUCUUAAUUUAGGAGAGAACCGUUACCUGAAAACACUCCCUGAUUCUAUAACUAAACUUCAUAAUUUGCAGACAUUAAACUUAUCUGAGUGCAGUAGUUUGAGGGAGUUGCCAAAAGAUUUUAGCAAAUUGGUAAACAUUAGGCACUUGAAUUUAUCAGGCUGUGUAUGUUUGAGUAGUAUGCCUUCAGACAUGGAUAAGUUAACUAGUCUAAGUGUGCUACCAUAUUUUGUGGUGGGCUGUAGAGAAGAGGGAACUGGAAAGCAAUGCGAUGGUGGGCUUAAAUACCUAAAAGGCUUCACCAACAUAAAAGGCUACAUCCUUAUCAGUCUCCGUAAAAAUUAUAGAAAUGUGGAAGUCAAUGAUAGGGAAGAAGGGUAUUUGAAGAGAUUGGAACAUCUAAAGGGGGUUCAUAUCAAAUUUGAUAUUAGACAUGUAAUUGAUGAUAGAGCAUAUGUUGACUAUGAAGGGAUUGAAAAAUUUCAGCCACCUUCAAAUAUCGAGGUGUUCAUCCUGAGUUGUUAUUUCAUGGGUAGGACAAUUCCAAUGUGGGGGAGAGCAAUGGAUAAUUGGGCUAACUCUUUCCCACAUCUUGUCAAGAUCAAGCUUUAUUGUUGUUAUGAGUUAGAGCAAAUACCAUCACUGAGCAAACUGCCUUUUCUGAAAUCACUAGAACUUUUUUAUUUGUAUAAGUUGGAGUAUAUGGAGAAUAGAAGCAGCAACACUAGCAGUGACAUUGAAGAAGAUUUAUUGACAACGUUCUUCCCCUCCCUUGAAGUUUUAUCCAUUUACGGUCUCAGAAGUAUGAAAGGAUGGUGGAGGAGGGAGGGGUUGGUUGAGGAUGAUGAUGGCAUUUUGAGAUUGAGAUUUCCUUGUCUCUCUAAACUGUAUAUCAAUCGUUGCCCUGAAUUGACAUCAUUUCCUUCCUGUCCAAACCUUGAAGAUUUGUUUCUGUAUGACUGCAACGAAAAACUGCAAUUCGGAGUAAACAUAAGGGAUAAGGAAGACGAUACUGUUGCUGGAAUUUCACAUGAUGCCGUCGGAAGGUUACAGACAUUGUUCACUGAUAAGGUGGAGCAUCUCAAAUCGAUAUUCAGCAAUGACAAAUUGAGCAUCUCUGGAGAUGACGCCAUCAAUUGGAACUCCAUUAAUCAGAGCCUCCAUAUCUUGCAGUUCGAGAGUCUGGAAAAUAGCCAUCUGCCACUUGCAGAAAACGUGGUGCAGUACUUGACCUCCCUCCAAAGACUCGAAUUUUCUCAAUGUAAAUAUUUGAAAGCCCUCCCGGAAUGGAUAGGCAACAUAUUAUCUCUUCAGUAUAUGUGCAUCAGUUUUUGCCCUGCAUUGGAAUCACUUCCCGAUUCAAUGCGGAAACUCACAUCCCUUCAGACACUCGUGAUCGAGGGCAGUCAAGGCUUAAGCGAAAGAUGCAGAGAACCUAACGGGGAGGACUGGCCCAAAAUUCAACACAUCCCUCACAAGGACAUCCCCUCACUGACAACCCCAAUGGCUGAGCUUGGAAUCUUGAUUGUUGGAAAGCUCAUUGAAGUGAUCGGGUCUUCUGUCAUCAAAGAGAUUUGUGAUAUGUGGGGCUACAAAUCUCAACUCCAAGACCUUAAUAAAACUCUCUCCACCAUCAAGAAUGUGCUCCUUGAUGCCGAGUCACAGAGGGAGCUCUCCCAUGAAGCGCGCGCCUAUAUUGAAGAACUCAAGGCUGCUGUUUAUGACGCUGAUGAUUUGUUUGAUGAGUUAUUCACCCUUGCUGAGUUGAAGCAACUCCAACCCUUGAGCAAGCGUGGUAAGCUCUUUGAUAAGGUACGCUGCUUUUUUUCUUCCAAAAACCAAGCGGGACUAGCUUAUAGAAUGUCUCGCCAGGUUAAGGACAUUAGGAAGCAGUUGGAUGAUAUUGUUAAUAACCAUCAGAAAUUUGGGUUUAGUAUUGAUAAUAAACCUAUUUGUAAUAGGAGAAAUGAAACUUGGUCCUAUGUGGAAGCACGGGAUAUUAUUGGGAGGGAGGAUGAUAAAAACGCUGUCAUAGAUAUGUUGAUAGGUCCGGAAAAUAUUAGUGCUAUUACAAACAAUACAGGAGAUAAAAUUAGUCGUGUGCAUGAUUCUCGUAUAUUUAGUGAUUCUGAGUGGCCUUACAUGCUUGACUUGAUGAAUGGUGUUUCUAAAGAAGUGGGGUUGGAGGAAAUUUGCAUACAGAGUUUUAUUAUGAAUAAUUUGGGAGAGGAUAUCCGUCAUGUGCAUUAUGGUGGUAAUAGAUAUCCUGAAAGCUUCUUCCUUAAGAGUAAGAUUCGUACGUUUAUAUGUCGCGCUCGAGUGGAAGUUUUGGUGGAUAAACAAAUAGACAAUUGGGUGUGCUUAAGGGCGUUGGAAUUGCAGUUUUCAUCAAUUGAAAGCUUGCCAAAUUCAAUAGGUAAGCUUAUACAUUUAAGGUAUCUUGACUUGAGUUAUGCAAGACUAGAGAUGCUCCCUGAUUCAAUUACCGAACUUCAUAACCUGCAAACAUUAAGUUUACAUUAUUGCUCCAGUUUGAGGGAGUUGCCAAAAAAAUUUAGCAAACUGCUGAAACUUAGGCACUUAAAUUUAAGGGGUUGCAAUAAGCUGACUAGUAUGCCGUCAGGCAUGGAUAAGUUGACUAGUCUCAGAGUGUUGCCAUUCUUUGUAGUAGGCAAGGGAUCUGAAAACCCAAGUGACGAUGAGCUGGAAAACCUAAAAGCUCUCACUAACAUACAAGGCGAAAUCCACAUCACUUUUGGUAAUAAUUAUAGAAGAAAUGUGGAAGGAGAAUAUCUAAAAAGCACAAAACAUCUCAUGGAGGUCACAAUGCAGUUUGAUAACGGAGGUCAAGAUUUGAUGGGAAAUUUGAAGCCACAUUCAAAUCUCAAGAGGUUCAUCUUGGAAGGGUAUAAUGGUACAACAAUUCCAAGGUGGGGAAGAGGAGAAGAUAAGUGGGAUAUCUCCUUCCCACAUCUUGUCAAGAUCCAACUUUAUGCUUGUAUAAAGUUGGAGCAAAUGCCAUCACUUUGUAAACUUCCUUUUCUUAAGUCGUUGCAACUUAGCUAUUUGCUUAAUUUGGAGUAUAUGGAGAAUACACUUACAGGCAAUGAUGAUGAAGAUUUGACAACAUUCUUUCCCUCACUUGAAUUUCUUGAACUUGAAUGUCUGCUAGAGUUUAAAGGAUGGUUUGUUGAUGAUGAUGAUUAUAUGCUGAGUAGGAGACUGAGAUUUCCCCGUCUCUCUAAAUUGGUAAUCUCGGAUUGCGAUAACCUAACAUCAUUUCCUGCUUGUCCAAGUAUUGAAGAUUUGGAGUUGCAUACAGACAAUGAGAUUGUUGGAAUUUCACAAGAUGGAGUCAGAAAAUUAAGGAAGCUAGUAAUUAAUAAGGUGGCUUAUUUCAAAUUAUUAUCCGGCAAUGAUCAAUUGAGCAUCACUGACGACAGCAUCCCUUGGAAAUCCAUUAAUCAGAGCCUCCGUUCCCUGGGAUUUCUGUUGCUGAAAGAUCGAGAAAUGCCAGUUACAGCAAAUGGAGUGCAAUAUCUGACCUCCCUACAAGAACUCAAUUUUUCUGAGUGUAGAGAUAUUGAAGCCCUCCCGGACUGGAUAAGCAACUUAUCAUCUCUUGAAUCCCUGUUCAUCAAGAAUUGCAAAGCCCUUGAAUCACUUCCUGGAUCACUUCAGAACCUCACCAACCUUCAAAGACUUGAAAUAGUUGGAUGUCCAGACCUCGAAGAAAGAUACAUACAACAUAACGGGGAGGACUGGCCCAAAAUUCAACACAUCCCCCACGUUUAUUUUAGCUGAAUAACUACAGAAAGGAACAAUUAGGUGCAUGGUGGUGACUUUGAUUCAUCUUCUCACUCGUCAAGAAGCUGUGAUGACCAAGGGUGAAUGGUUGAUUCUCACUUCCAAAAACAAGCAUGUCUUCAGAUCGAGCUUCAUCAUUGUCAUGAGUUAGAGGAAAUGGCAUCACUGAGUAAACCGCCCUUUCUGAAAUCACUAGAACUUUGUGAUUUGUAUAAGUUGGAGUAUAUGGAGAAUAGAAGCAGCAACACUAGCAGCGACAUUGAAGAAGAUUCGUUGACAACGUUCUUCCCCUCCCUUGAAGUUUUAUACAUUUUCCGUCUCAGAAGCAUGAAAGGAUGGUGGAGGGAGGGGUUGGUUGAGGAUGAUGAUGACAUUUUGAGAUUGAGAUUUCCUCGUCUCUCUAAACUGAAUAUCAAUCGUUGCCCUGAAUUGACAUCAUUUCCUUCCUGUCCAAGCCUUGGAAACUUCUGUAUACGCGGCAGGAAUGAAACACUGCAGUUAGGUGUAAACAUAAGGGAUUAGGAAGACGAGAUUGUUGCUGGAAUUUCACAUGAUGAUUGAUGGCGUCGGAAGGUUACAACAUAAUGUAAUCAAUCUUUCUCAUGGAAUAUUAGGUGAUGAUUAAAUUGUGAGUUGUGAUAGGCUAGACAUCUUCUCCUGCAUCAAUAAGCUAUGACGACCAUUUUGUUGAUAUUUCCAGUUCGCGUAAAGCUAGAUGCUGAGCAAUGAACAAUUGAACAUAUUGAACAUCCCAUUCUUCAGGUCAGUGUUUAUGCAGCAAACUAAAGGUUCUGUUCAGCGUAAAUUUUCAAAUUACUUCAGUAAUCUGUGGUAUUCUAAGGACGUGUUAAGUUGGAUUGCAGUUUGUAUUAAAAAUUUAGUUAAUUUUUAUGGAUUAAGCUUAUCACUUAUGAGCAUAUUGUGGAACUAUUGUCAGAAGCUCACAACACCAAGAACUGUGGAACUAUUGUCAGGUUCAAAGCAUUGUCUUUUAUUGUCAAGUUCGGUGCAUAGAGAACUCUGAUGUUUCUGUGUGACUGUGUGGUUGAACUAUUGAAGUGCUAGGGGUUGUAAAUGCUGUUGUUUGUCCAAGAAAGGCUUUCGGUCAAUCUUCUCAAAUUAUCCUUGAAGCUCAUGUACGUGUCUGUGAAUGCUGAUCAGGUUUUCCGUUGGCUGUUGUCAACAUCUCUUACUGACUUGAACUGUCAUUUCUUUCUAUAAGCACAAAGUGUGUUAAUAGUGUUAGCUGUACAUGUGACUUUGUGAGGAUGAUAUAUUUGAACACGGAUAGGAGGCGUUUCUACUUGACUAAUUGUGAAAACCUCGGCUAAGCACAUGAUGCAGGGUUCACUUGGAGACUCUUCUUAGAAGGUGAACCCUUUGACCUAGACCGUAUCAUGAUUGGCCCAGCCCAUCCAGGAAAAACCCGGGUUUUGGUCAUAGAAACCAGGCCCGGAAUCUGGAAGCCUAUGGUGCUCUACUAUGGCCAGGUACCAAUUGGUUAAUUAUCAAGUAAAUCUUUUGAGAAGACUUGUAUAUGAAGUGUAAAUGAUAUGUUAUGGUUCGUGCACCAAUUUUAUAUGCAGUGCUUUGUACUUUGUGUACAGUAUCUCAGGGUGUAAGCCAAAUACACAACUCUUGCAGUUGUUUAUUGAGAGAUUAUCUGAUAAUAUACAAGUUCAGUUAUUUUAUUCUUUCUGUUAAA